AUGGCUCUGAGCCUCCGGCCCUUUCUGCUGCUGCUGCUGUCCUGCACCGGCCAGAGAAAAGGGCUUGGCUCACCCUCCCUCCCCUUUAGAUCCAGGUGGGAAGUGCGCUCAGGAGCAAUCUUGUCUUUGGAUUCUAGGUUCUUCCCCUUCAAUGAUCUCCGGGUUUCUCUUCUUACAGUGAUUCUGUCCCAUUUGGAACCUCAGUCCCUGGACUCUGAUCUUUCCCUCCUGAAGUCAUUCCUCUCCACUAUGGACCAGGCUCCCCAGGGUUCCUUCAGCCAGUCAAGGUUCUCCGCAUUCCUGGCCAACAUUUCUUCUCCUUUUGAGCCUGGGAGGAUGGGGGAGGGGCCAGUGGGAGAGCCCCCACCUCUCCAGCCCCCUGCCCUGCGUUUCCAUGAUUUCUUAGUGACACUAAGAGGUAGUCCGGACUGGGAGCCAAUGCUAGGGUUACUGGGGGAUGUGCUGGCACUGCUGGGACAGGAGCAGACUCCCCGGGACUUCCUGGUACACCAGGCAGGUGUUCUGGGAGGACUUGUGGAGGUGCUGCUGGGAGCUUUAGUUCCUGGGGGGCCCCCAGCCCCUGCGAGGCCCCCAUGCACCCGUGAUGGGCCUUCUGACUGCGUGCUAGCUGCUGACUGGUUGCCUUCUCUGCUGCUGCUGUUAGAGGGCACCCGCUGGCAGGCCCUGGUGCAGGUGCAGCCCAGUAUGGAUCCCAUCAAUGCCACAGAUUUCGAGGGGAGGGAGCCAGUUCCUCACCUUUUGCAGGGUCUGUUGGGCUUGCUUACCCCGCCUGGGGAGCUGGGCUCUGAGGAUGCUCUUUGGGGGGGUCUGCUGCGCACAGUGGGGGCCCCCCUCUACACUGCCUUCCAGGAGGGGCUGCUCCGUGUCACACACUCCCUGCAAGAUGAGGUCUUUUCCAUCAUGGGCCAGCCAGAGCCUGAUGCCAAUGGGCAGUGCCAUGGAGGAAACCUGCAGCAGCUGCUCUUAUGGGGCAUCCGGCACAAUCUCUCCUGGGAUGUGCAGGCACUGGGGUUUCUGUCUGGAUCACCACCUCCACCUCCUGCCCUCCUCCACUGCCUGAGCACUGGUGUGCCUCUGCCCAGGACUUCCCAGCCCUCAGCUCACACCAGGCCUCGCCGACGGCGAGCCAUCUCUGUGGAGGCCCUCUGCGCGAACCACACAGGACCAGCACUACCCUACAACAGCAUCUCUAACUUCUCCAUCCACCUGCUCUGCCAGCACGCCAGGCCUGCCACCCCACAACCCCCUCCUAGCAUUGCUGCUGUUUGCCAGACUGCAGUAUGGUAUGCAGUCUCAUGGGUACCAGGCGCCCAGAGCUGGCUGCAGGCUUGCCAUGACCAGUUUCCCAGUCAGUUUCUGGAUGCAAUCUGUAGCAACCUCUCCUUCUCAGCCCUGUCUGGCCCUAACCGCCGCCUGGUAAAGCAGCUCUGUGCUGGCCUUCUCCCACCUCCUACCAACUGCCCCGAUGACCUGGUCCCUGUGCCCCUCACUCCGGAGACCUUCUGGGGAUGCUUCUUGGAGAAUGAAACUCUGUGGGCUGAGCGGCUGUGUGUAGAGGCGAGUCUACAGGCUGUGCCCCCCAGCAACCAGGCCUGGGUUCAGCACGUGUGCCGGGGCCCUACUCCAGAUGCCACUGCCUUCCCACCCUGCCACACUGGACCCUGUGGGGAACGCUGCCCAGAUGGAGGCAGCUUCCUGCUGAUGGUCUGUGCCAAUGACACCAUGUAUGAGGCCCUGGUGCCCUUCUGGCCUUGGCUGGCAGGCCAGUGCAGGAUAAGUCGUGGAGGGAAUGACACUUGCUUUCUAGAAGGGCUGCUGGCUCCUCUUCUGCCUUCUCUGCCACCCCUUGGGCCAUCUCCACUCUGCCUGGCCCCUGCCCCCUUCCUGCUGGGUAUGUUGUCCCAGCUGCCACGCUGCCAGUCCUUAGUGCCAGCCCUUGCCCACUCCACACGCCUGCACUAUUUUCUACGCCUGCUGACCUUCCUUCUGGGCCCAUGGGCUGGAGGGACUGAAGCCCAGGGCAUGCUGGGUCAGGCCCUGCUGCUCUCCAGUCUCCCUGACAACUGCUCCUUCUGGGAUGCCUUCCGCCCAGAGGGCCGGCGCAGUGUGCUUCGGACAGUCGGGGAGUUCCUAGAGCAAGAAGAGCCCACUCCAGCAGGUUUUGAACCCAUGGUCAGCCUCAGCUCUGGUAGAAGCAAGAUGGAGCUCUUGUCCUGCUUCAGUCCUGUGCUGUGGGAUCUACUCCAGAGGGAGAAGAGUGUUUGGGCCCUGCAGAUUCUUGUACAGGCAUACCUGCACAUGCCCCCAGAAAAUCUGCAGCAAUUAGUGCUUUCAGCAGAGAUGGAAGCUGCGCAGGGCUUCCUGACACUCAUGCAUCGUUCCUGGGCCCAGCUUCAGGUACCGCCAUCCGAGGAGCAGGCCAUGGGUCGCUUAACAGCUCUGCUGCUCCAGCGGUACCCACGCCUCACCUCCCAGCUUUUCAUAGAUCUGUCACCACUCAUCCCCUUCUUGGCUGUCUCUGACCUGAUGCGCUUCCCACCAUCCCUGCUGGCCAAUGACAGUGUCCUGGCUGCCAUCCGAGACCACAGCUCAGGAAUGAAGCCUGAACAGAAGGAGGCCCUGGCAAAGCGACUGGUGGCCCCUGAGCUGUUUGGGGAAGUACCUGCCUGGCCCCAGGAGCUGCUGUGGGCAGUGCUUCCCCUGCUCCCCCACCUCCCCCUGGAGAACUUCCUACAGCUCAGCCCUCACCAGAUCCAGGCCCUGGAGGAUAGCUGGCCAGCGGCAGGUCUUGGGCCAGGGCAUGCCCGGCACGUGCUCCGUAGCCUGGUAAACCAGAGUGUCCAGGAUGGUGAGGAGCAGGUCCGCAGGCUUGGGUCCCUUGCCUGUUUCCUGAGCCCUGAGGAGCUACAAAGCCUGGUGCCCUUGAGUGACCCAAUGGGGCCAGUAGAACGUGGGCUGUUGGAGUGUGCGGCCAAUGGGAACCUCAGCCCAGAAGGACGGGUGGCGUAUGAACUUUUAGGUGUGUUACGCUCAUCUGGAGGAGCGGUGCUAAGCCCCCUAGAACUGCGGGUAUGGGCCCCUCUCUUCCCCCAGCUAGGCCUCCGUUUCCUACAAGAGCUGUCAGAGCCCCAGCUUAGGGCUAUGCUGCCUGCCCUUCAGGGAACCAGCGUCACACCUGCCCAGGCUGCCCUGCUGCUUGGACGGCUCCUCCCUAGGCAUGAUCUGUCCUUGGAGGAACUCUGUUCCUUGCACCCUCUGCUGCCCGGCCUCAGCCCCCAGACAUUGCAGGCCAUCCCUCGGCGAGUUCUGGUCGGGGCCUGCUCCUGCCUGGUUCCUGAACUGUCGCGCCUCUCAGCCUGCCAGACUGCAGCGCUACUGCAGACCUUUCGGGUGAAAGAUGGUGUUAAGAGUACCACUGGUGUGGGUGCUGCUGCGUGUGUCCCCGGUCAGCCCACGCCCACCAUUUGGCCAGACUGCCUGCUUCCCCUGCUCCCAUUAAAGCUGCUACAGCUGGAUGCUGCAGCCCUUCUGGCAAACCGGAGGCGCUACCGGGAUCUUCCCUGGUCUGAGCAGCAGGCACAGUUUCUCUGGAAGAAGAUGCAGGUACCCACCAACCUGACCCUCAGGAAUCUUCAGGGUCUAGGCAACCUGGCAGCAGGCAUGACCUGCGAGUUUCUGCAACAGAUCAGCUCAGUGGCAGAUUUCCUGGAAGUGGUACACAUGCUUUACCAACUGCCUACUGGGGUCCGAGGGAGCCUGAGGGCCUGCAUCUGGGCAGAACUAUGGCGGAGGAUGACAAUGCCAGAGCCAGAAUUGAACACACUGGGGCCAGAACUGAGCGGGCUUGACACCAAACUACUCCUGGAUUUACCGAUCCCGCUGAUGGACAGACUGUCCAAUGAAUCCAUUAUGUUGGUGGUAGAGCUGGUACAAGGAGCUCCAGAGCAGCUGCUGACACUGACCCGUGUCCACCAGGCAGCGCUGGCAGAGAGGGCACUGCAGAACCUGGUGCCAAAGGAGACCCCGAUCUCACAGGAAGUGCUGGAAACACUGGGCCCCUUGGUUGGAUUUCUGGGUACAGACAGCACACGACGGAUCCCUCUACCGAUCCUGCUGUCCCAUCUCAUUCAGCUGCAGGGCUUCUGCCUGGGAGAAACAUUUGCCGCAGAGCUGGGACGGCUGCUGCUGCAGGAGCCCGCUCUUGGGAAACCAGAACUGUGGAGCCAGGAAGAAGUAGAGCAAGCUGGACGCCUAGUAUUUACUCUGUCUGCUGAGGCUAUUUCCUUGAUUCCCAGGGAGGCUUUGAGCCCAGAGACCCUGGAACGGCUUCUAGAAAAGCAGCAGAGCUGGGAGCAGAGCAGAGUUGGAAAGCUGUGUUGGAGACCACAGCUUGCUGCCAAGAAAGCAGCCCUGGUAGCAGGGGUUGUUCGGCCAGCUGCUGAGGAUCUUCCAGAGCCUGUACCAACUUGUGCAGACAUCCGAGGGACCUUCCCAGCAGCCUGGUCCGCCACACAGAUUGCAGACAUGGAACUCUCAGACUUUGAGGACUGCCUGGCACUGUUUGCAGCAGAUCCGGGGCUUGGGCCUGAGGAACUACAGGCAGCCAUGGGCAAGGCAAAGAAGCUGUGGGGUUCCCCUCGAGGAUUCCGUCCUGAGCAGAUUCUGCAGCUGGGCCGGCUCUUAAUAGGUCUAGGAGAGCGAGAGCUCCAGGAGCUGAUCCUGGUGGACUGGGGAGUGCUGAGCACCCUGGGGCAGAUAGAUGGCUGGAGCUUGGUCCAGCUCCGGGCCGUGGUCUCCAGUUUCCUGCGGCAGAGUGGUCGGCAUGUCAGCCAUCUGGACUUCAUUCACCUGACGGCCUUGGGCUACACGCUGUGUGGACUGAGGCCAGAGGAGCUGCAGCAUAUCAGCAGUUGGGAGUUCAGCCAAGCAGCUCUGUUCCUGGGCAGCCUGCAUCUCCAGUGCUCCGAGGAACAGCUGGAAGUUCUGGCCCACCUUCUUGUGCUGCCUGGUGGCUUUGGCCCAGUCAGUAACUGGGGGCCUGAGAUCUUCACUGAAAUUGGCACAAUAGCAGCUGGGAUCCCAGACCUGGCUCUUUCAGCUCUGCUGCGGGGACAGAUCCAGGGCCUGACCCCUCUUGCCAUUUCUGUCAUCCCUGCUCCUAAAUUUGCUGUGGUGUUCAGCCCCACCCAGCUGUCCAGUCUCACCAGUGUCCAGGCUGCGGCUGUCACUCCUGAGCAAAUGGCCCUUCUGAGUCCUGAGCAGCGACGAGCAGUUGUAUGGGCCCAACAUGAGGGCAAAGAGACUCCUGAACGGCAGAGCCGAAGCUCAGCUUGUUGCUCUCGGUGCUGGUCACAACCUGCCUGGGCCCUGGCACUGAUCAGCUUCCUUGGGCACCUGCGGUGAGCUUGUCUACAGCUGAGGGAGAUCACUGUCGAGAGAAGCCUUACAUCAUAAUGAAUAAAGUGCAUCCUAAUUAUUCUCAGGAGCUGAGGAGGAAUCUGGGCAAAUGCUGAUGCUUGCCACUCACCUGAGAGCUGGCUUCUCUGGCAUGUCACACCUAAAGUCUCCUUCCAUCAUACAUCACCCCACUGCUUCUUUUCGUUUCCUGGAGGCUAUGUAUAAAUAACACAAACAACUGGAGUAUAGCAAGGCGUCCCUACUUGAGUGGAGGCAGGAGUGGGGGACAGGUCCAGGGCAAGUAUACCUGGCCACCAUGAGAGGGGUCAGAAGCCUGGAUAUCUUGAGUGUGAGAGAGGAAGUUAAUGUUUGUUGUAGAUAGGAUGAUAAAGGAUAAGGAUAUCCUGCCUCUUUCCUGAUACCAUUCUCAGGCAAUCAAUUAGUUGAUCUCUAAUCCUAGAACCUUGCUUCCCAAAUCUGAGUUUCUUUAGCACUGACUUUCCUGCUCUGGAAACUCAUUUCCAAUCACCUUCCCACCAACUUGAAUUUCAUUUCAAAUUCUAUUACAUUCCUAAGGCUCCCUCACGGUCAUAACUCAAUCACCACAGACCUACUCUGCUAGCCCUAAUCCCUUAGCAUCUCACCUCUGACUUGCCCAGUUGAUCCAAGAGAGUCGAAGACACUGCCUGUGGCAGAAGCAUCUGCCCCACCAUGAUUUUGGAGUCUCAAAUUCUUCAGUAUCUUUGGGAAGUGCCUGUCCUAGACAGGAGAUGGGGGCUGGAGGGAGAGACUUCCUACCUACUCACAGAUCUUUCCUUUGACUUCAGUCACAAUGAAUCUGGCUGUUUCAAAGUGCCUAUUCCUUCUCACUCCCCAGCCACAACCCCUUCUUUAUUUAUAACCUCUAUAACUUACUUUGUUUAGCAGGGGCAAUGCGAUGUGCAUUCCUGCCUAAAAUUGGGUCCAAGUUAUGGACAAGUGAAGAAUCCUAAAUGGUCAUUCCACAUGGACUCCCAGCCAUGCUCCUGGAUCAGCUGUCCCACUGGAGUCCACAACUAUUCUAUUAGUAAAAAAUCACGGAUAUGUGGCUUUAGCUAGAUCCACAGGAACUGUAAUAUGUCUAGAAUUAGAAACCUGGAUGUAAAUGAGAAAUAUUGGAGAUUUUGGGGAGAAAACAGCUUGUUACUGUCAUCAUGCAUGCAAAGGAACUUGAAGGAGUGAUGCAGUAAGAAUGACCCAGGGAAGUAAACAGAGGUGGUAAACUGAACUGAGAAAGAAAUUAAUUAUUCACUGUGUUCUACAUGCAUUAUCUCUACUUUGGUAGGUCCUUGCAGACAGAAAGUGAGGGUACAAGCUCUGAAACAGGAAGAGGCAAGAGAAUCUUCUGUUAGCUAUACGAGGAACAUAUAGGAAAAAGCAGAGAAAUGUGAAAAUAGAGUAAAAAGCCAGACUGAUAGAUAUCUGAGUGAAAAAGCAAGAGCAGGCACAGGAAGGGCAUUCUUGUUUCAUGGAUAAUUAUCCUAACCAUGCAGAUGACUACUAGAGAUGGAGAGACAGAGGAUCUGCCGGAGCAGUGGACAUGAAGACCACUAUCCAACAUAGGGGAAAGGGACCCUGUUUACCUUUCAGAAAGAACAUGGGCAUGAGAGAUUCUUACAUGCUGAACAGAGGGAAACCCUUCCACCAAGAAUAAUAAAUAAUACUG